CAAGAAGCCAGUACAGUCUUGGAGACGUUGCAGGAUGAAGGCAGUCCUGGUCAUAUUAGAUCUCCUGAUAUUAUGCGCCCUCCACGACUGCGCAUCGGGCUCCUAUGGACCAUGCACGGACAUUGAGGGCUGGCCAUACGAGCUACCACCAGCCAAGCAUGGCAAAGAUAGUGAUGGCUGUGCAAGAACUAGACAUAAGGAUCACCAUGGUGCACCAGAGAAGAAUGCUCAAGGGCAAUAUGUAAUCAAAGCCUAUCUGAAGCGCUGCAGCUACACGUGUGAAAUGCCUUAUCUUCCAAGAUCAGAGAGGACCCAAACACGGAAUGAACCCGAUGGGAGGCCCUGCGCGAACGGGCCUUACAAGAAGAAACACAAGGAACGUGGAAGCUCUUAUGUCUACGGACACUGUCAAGACGGGAAUUGUUAUUGAUAUCUGGAUGGAUUUCUUUGCUUAAGUAUAGGUCAGAACUUGAAAUUCGAGAGGUUGGAAGUCCAUCUACAGGGUGUCCCAGAAAACGUGUCAUUUAAUUCAAAUAAAAAACUACGCCAC